AUGUUGGUGGUUCAUAUAGGCGCAGGAAAUCAUCUGAGGUCGCGUGACUCCGAGUACAAAAAAAUAUUGCAAAAUGCACUUCGUUCAAAAUCAUACAAUGCGGCUGCAAUUGCCCUAGAAGAGCCCUCGCUCACCAACACGGGUUGUGGGUCCAGCCUUAACAUGGAUGGCAAAGUAGAGUGUGACGCGAGCAUUAUUCGGGCAAAUAUUAACGAAAACAAAAUUGAAGUCAGAGUCGCUGCUCACAAUAUUCAACAUAAAACACCAACAUUGGCACUUUUGAAUGGUUUGGAUGCUCUCACAAGAGAAUAUAGUGCCAGGUACGGACUCUGGGGACUCUCAGCUCCUGUGGUUUUUGAUUAUGGUGCCAUUGCAUUGAGAUUUGGGUCGAAAACUCACUCUCAAAAUGAGUUGGUUGACGGCCUGAAAAGGAAGGUGUUUGAGUUGUACAGGGAACGAAUGGAGAAGAAAGGCGAAGACACUAAAGUCCGGAAAAAUCUUCAGGAAAAUGUUCAGGAUUCUGUUCAGGAUUCUGUUCAGGUUCCCGUUCAGUCCGUUCAAGACACAGUUGGGCUUAUUCACUUAACCGAAGAAAUCCUUACUGUCCUGUCUUCAUCUGGUGGAAACUUUUUCAAAUUACCAGGACGAAUUGGUUGUGCUGGUAUUGUAGGAGCCGCAACAGCUGUGAGAUUUUUUGGUCUGUGGUGCAUUAGUUGUCUUUGCAGUGGAAACGGAGAUGAUAUUAUACAAAUGAACUUGGCAGCUACAAUAGCUGGUCGCUUUGAAGAUCCUGAUACUUUUGGAUUUCUGCUUGUUUCAUAUAUUAAAGAAGCAGCAAUUUCGUUACCAUUACAGGCACAAGAUAUCCAUGGAGAUAAUAUCAUUUAUGUGGGAGUAUUGUGUGUGCUACGCAACAUAUCCACAGGAGAAACCAGAUUGGCUUACUGUCAUAGUACAGAGUCAUUUUACUUUGGGUAUAUGAAAGAUAAACCACAUACGGUACUUAGUCGCAGCCGUGCGGGAGUGUUUGUGCAAGGCGAGUACAGAAUAUAA